CUCUCUCUCUCACUGCUUCGGAUUAUCACCACAGUUUAGUUGGAGAGUACCAGCGGACCUUGAGAUAAGAAAUGGGCCAAAUGGCUUCCGCUAACAACGAAGAUAAGCAAAGUUCUGCUAAAAGAGUUGCCGUUGUUGGUGCUGGUGUUAGUGGCCUUGCAGCAGCAUACAAGUUAAAAUUACAUGGUCUGAAUUGCACGGUAUUUGAAGCCGAAGGAAGAGCGGGAGGGAAGCUAAGAAGCAUUUCACAAGAUGGUUUAAUAUGGGAUGAGGGAGCGAAUACUAUGACGGAGAGCGAGACGGAAGUCAGAUUUUUGCUUGAUAAUCUUGGGCUUCGUGACAAACAGCAAUUUCCUAUUGCGCAGAACAAACGCUACAUUGUAAGAAAUGGAGCACCUGCACUGAUUCCCUCAAAUCCCAUUGCACUGAUCAGAAGCAAUUUUCUCUCAGCACAAUCAAAGUUGCUGAUAAUAUUGGAACCAUUUCUAUGGAAGAAAAGUAACAUGGAAAAGGUGUCUGAUUCUGAUGAAAGUGUGGGUGAUUUCUUUCAGCGUCAUUUUGGGAAGGAGGUUGUUGACUAUAUGAUUGACCCUUUCGUUGCGGGCACAAGUGCUGGGGAUCCUGAGUCACUUUCUAUGCGACAUACGUUUCCGGAGUUAUGGAACCUAGAGAAAAAGUUUGGUUCAAUCAUAUCUGGGGCAAUUCAAUCUAAAUUUUCUACCAAAAAGGGGGAAAGCGGCAAGCUGAACAGUUCAGCAACAAGUAAAAAGCAUCUGCGUGGAUCUUUUUCAUUUUUGGGUGGAAUGCAGACCCUUACCGAUGCACUGUGCAAAGAGCUUGGUAGAGAUGAACUUAAACUCCAAUCAAAGGUGCUUGAGUUAUGUUACAGCUGCAACCCAUCAGAGAAUUGGUCAGUUUCUUCUACUCCAAGGCAUAACAAGCAGUCUGAAAAACAAUCUUUUGACGCUGUAAUCAUGACGGCCCCUCUAUGUAAUGUUAAAGAGAUGAAGUUUACAAUGAAAGGAAGUCCAUUUCUGCUCAACUUUCUCCCUGAGCUUGGCAGUAUCAUUAAUAGAGCUUCAUUCUCAAUAAUGCAGGUGAGUUACCUUCCACUCUCUGUUAUAGUUACCACAUUCAAAAAGGAGAGCGUCAGGAGACCCCUCCAGGGGUUUGGUGUUCUUGUUCCUUCAAAAGAGCAACAACAUGGUUUCAAAACCCUAGGUACUCUCUUCUCUUCGAUGAUGUUUCCAGAUCGUGCCCCCAGUGACUUACAUCUCUACACUACCUUUGUUGGAGGAAGUCGGAAUAAAGAACUGGCAAAAGCUUCAACGGAUGAGUUGAAGCAGAUUGUAACUUCUGACCUUAGACAGCUGUUGGGUGCAGAAGAAGAGCCAACAUUCGUGAAUCACUUCUACUGGAGUAAGGCGUUUCCACUUUAUGGGCAUAAUUAUGAAGCAGUUUUGGGAGCGAUUGAGAAGAUGGAAGCUAACCUUCCAGGAUUUUUCUAUGCAGGUAACCAUAGAGGAGGAUUGUCUGUCGGAAAGGCCAUAUCCUCAGGGUGCAAAGCAGCUGAUCUUGUGAUCUCUUAUCUGGAGUAUUCUUCACGUGAUAAGAUGCCCAAUGAGAGACCUUGUUGAAGACAUGAGAGAGGUUGCUGCCUGUGAAAUUAAGCUUAUAUCGAUUUUACGGUGAGGCAGAGAUUCAAGGUGCAAUAGCUUACCAGAUACCUGGCAUGACUUGUUGGACUGCAGAUAUUUUAGAUUUCCUGUGUAUCAAUAAUUCGUGGUAUCUCCGAUAUUUAGGAGGCUUAAUACUUGUAAGAACUCAAAAUAGCAUAGCCAGAUAUGAAAAAUUAGCUGUUGAUGUGAUACUUUGGGUUGUGACCUAAUCUUCGAUUCCGGUUGUAUCAAUAGGAUGCCUGUAUGAGAUUCUUCUGAGUUAGCUCGUUUCUUGAAGUUAACUUCAGUCACUUUUCACUGA